AUGUCGGACUCUGUAGAUCGAGUCUUUGUUCAUGCCCUCAAUACCGUUAAGAGGAUUCCCCGGACCGGCACCGCGCGACCUCCCGCUGCCGAGCGGUUGGCCCUAUAUGGCUUGUAUAAACAGAGUAUGGAGGGGGACGUGGAGGGAGUAAUGGAUCGCCCGAUUGGGAACACGCCGGAGGUGCACGCGGAGUGCGAGAAAUGCUUCUUCUCCCUCUCUGCAUCCGACCACCACGCUUACAAUGUCUUGGCUAGGGAUGCAUGGUACGCGCAGCGCGACUUGUCGCGCACCGAAGCCAAACGGCGAUACAUCUCGACGCUCAUCAACACGAUGCACGAAUACGCUUCCCGAACACCCGAAGCAUGCGAGCUAGUCGCGGAGCUCGAGUUCGUCUGGGACCAGAUCAAGUUCAACGCCGCCUCGUCGUCCGGUUCCAGCCCGCUGAAUGCUGUCGGUGUCCCGCCCUUAUCGCGCAGUGCGUACGGGAGUAUUGGGAGUCGAUUGGCGCAGGAGGACUACGACCGUCCUGCUCGACGGGAUGAUACCAGUCGACGGGAUCGGGAUUCGAGAUUACGGGUUCUUAGUCCUGUGAGCCAGCCGGAGGAAGAAGAAUAUUACCGGCGACGGAGGGGGUCUGUGGAAAAUAGCGAGGAUGGAGGAAGACAUAAUGAGGACGAGGAUGAGGAUUCUGAGGAGUUUGAGGAAGCUCGUGAUAGCUUAUAUGAAGAACGAGAUCAAGACGACCACGACGACGAUGACCCCGAUCAUACUAGCUCCAACUCCGUCUCCAACACACAUACACAUACCGACGUCUCCUCACAUCACCGUCCCAAACAUCGACGCAAUCCUGCUUCUGGUAUUAGUAUGGACAGCAGUGGGAAUGGUCUGCCGCAUCGAGAUUCCCAUUCAGAUCAACCCAGGAAAGACAGUCGCUGGCGCCGCCGUGUCGAGCAGGCCUUGACGAAAAUGACGGCUGAGAUUGCUGCUGUGCGUGAGCAGAUGGAAGCUCGGUCUGUUGCGCAGCGUCGUCGAUCUGGUCUGUUCGCUUGGCUGAAGUGGAUGAUUUGGGUUGCUGUGCGGCAGAUCGUGGUUGAUAUUGCUAUGCUGGGCAUGCUGCUUAUCUGGAUGCGGUUGAGGGGGGGAUCGACGUGUUGA